AUGAGUGAAGACCUGUAUGAGAAUGGUUCUGAAGGAACUGAUGGCAGUGAUGCAGAUUCGGACGAAACUUUGCCGCCAUCUGACAAAGAAACACAGCCACCUCUGGAGGAAUGUGGUCAGGAAGUUGAAUGGUCCCAGUCACCAUUAGGAUAUUUUGUAAGUCAUGGUGAAGAUAUCGUGAAGAUUGACAUUACAAAAUACCCCAAAAAGAUCUGUUUUAUUUUUGAGGACAAGAAAUGGACUUUUCAGAUAGGGGCCAUAGGUGCCGUGAUCAAAUUCAACCUGAGGGAGAGGUCCCUGCUGCACUGUGUACAGGCUGCACAGGCGCAAUGUGUGGUCUUCUCUGAGGAGAUGGCGUCAGCCUUUGCUGACAUAUCCAGAGAUCUUCUCAAGUCCUGCAACCUGUAUUACAUGGGGAGUGGGCAGUGCCCAGUGGUCGGUGCUGUCAGUCUGGAUCCCCUGCUGGAGAAGAGUCCAACCUACACCCCGACUGCACCUAUAACCAAGUUUACAGCACAAUACAUUGGUGAGAUAUGUCGUUACUUGAUGGCUCAGCCGUUCCGAACAACCGAGAAUCAGCAUCGCGUACGAGUCAUGUUUGGAAAUGGGCUUCAGCCAGGAUUGUGGAGUGAUUUCCAGACGAGAUUUGGUGUGAAAAUUAUUGGCGAGUUUUAUGGUGCCACUGAAGGAAAUUGUAAUGUCAUCAAUAUUGACAACACCAUUGGGGCCUGUGGUUUCACCUCCAUGAUUGCUCCAUUCAUGUACCCAGUGACCUUGAUAAAAGUCGACGAGGACAAUAACAUCAUGAGGGACAGAAAUGGAGUCUGUGUGCGGGCAAAACCAGGUGAACCCGGAGAGUUGGUUGGAAAGAUAGUUGCAGGUGACCCCCUGAGACAGUUUGAUGGCUAUGUGAAUAAGGAAGCCACUGAUAAGAAGGUGGCCAUGAAUGUGUUUAAGAAGGGAGACAUGGCUUUCCUUACUGGUGAUGUAUUGAUCAUUGAUGAGUACGGUUACAUGACAUUCAGAGACCGCACAGGAGACACGUUCCGGUGGCGCGGUGCGAACGUCUCCACGUUUGAAGUGGAGACCACCAUCAGCAAGAUCAUCGGGCUGAGUGAUGCUGUCGUCUACGGAGUGGAAGUGACAGGUGCUGAAGGUCGUGCAGGUAUGGCGGCCAUAGUAGAUCCAGAACACAAGAUCAAUCUCGUACAACUGUGCAAAGCCUUACAGGAGAAACUACCCCCGUACUCAAGACCCUUGUUUAUUCGUCUUAUGGCAAAGGCUGCAGACACAACAGGUACACACAAGCUUAAGAAGACAACCCUUCAAACAGAAGGCUUUAACCCACACAAAACUGAAGAUCGACUGUUUUACAUGAAUAACAGAACCGGCCAAUAUGAACCUUUAACUCUAGAUAUUUACAGUGAUAUAUGUAAGCAGAAGAUCAGGUUUUGAAAUAUUAAUUUGUGAGCUUUUACCAGAGAUUUUGCGGACACAUGGGUAAAUAACGAUAUUACAUGAAACAAAUUUAUACUUUUGAAUGAGUCAUCACCUUAUUUUAUUUUAUCUUUGCCAUAGAGGAGGCUUCAUGAUUGAGCUCUUCAUGUGUGAGGUCAAAUAUAAUUGUUUGUAUUUUUGCUUAAAUGUUUAAAAUAUUUUUGUAAAGUUAUAGUUACCAUAGUCAUGUCAUGCAUUGUAGCUUAAUAAACAAAGCAAACAUUAAAGUCAUCGCUCUGUUAACUAAUUAUCUUCAUUAAAUGGAACACUGUAUUAUCAUGUUAAACAUACCGCACAAGCUUAUGGUUUAAAUACGUAUGUUUUAUGGGCAGUUUCUGCCUGCACAACACUUUUUCACAUUUGAAUUGUUAUUUUGA